AAACAAUCUUAGGAAGCAGGCUGAAGGCAAAUUCAAAGUGCAAUAUUAAAAGUGCAAAACAUUCAAAAAAUGUAUAUUCUUUCAGUGAAGUCCCUUUUCAAUUUUUCUGAAUGAACUUUGACUCCUGCACACAGCAUAGACAUAGAAGACUAGAUGCCGCACCAGCCGCUACUGCCUAUGUUUGGCCACAUUUGCAGGUUCUACUUUUUAUAAACUCUAUGGUUAACAGGAUGUUUUAGCUCGGCUUUAGCUCUGGAAAAGCUCAGUGGAGAUCUGGAGCUAGAACGGCAAAAGAAUGUGUUCAUAAACCUGUUCACACACGCCAGGACGAACGCACUCACUUUUACGUUCGUCAGGCAAAAUACAAACGAGUUCAGUUCACGUUCACAAAAAAAAAAGAAAAAAUUCACGAACAAUCAUUCAAUGAACGCGUUCGGGCACAACGCUUUCCACGCCACCCUUUAGGGCGUUAUAAUAAGUGAUUGUGUUUGGCUUCCUCUUUCGAUUCUCCCCAAUCUUAAUCUCGCUGUGCAUGGUACUGAGGAUGCAGACGGUCUUUCUCCGCUUGAGUGGAGUUCAAGUUACAUGAAACCUAGAACUUGAUUCCAAACUUGUCAGGUUUUGAAGCGAUGUACUGUUGGAAAGGACACCGAGACUUUGUUGGAAAAAGCUGCUCAUCGAUCGGGAUUUGCUGGCCUAGGUUGUAGGGCUUGAUGCCACAAAUUUGUCAGUUUCACAAUCCCGCCCGCCGUCCAACACACCACACCCGUCUGUGAAGUACACCUGUGUAAAAUAACUAAUGCAUUAAGAUGACUGAAACUGAAAAGCUAGGAGAAAGCAUGGAUAAACUAAGAAAAUGAUCAAACUAAACACCAAGAACAGGAUAUUACAAAGGAAAUCGAAGAGCAGAUGGGAUGGACACAAGGAAAAAAACUGAGGAAUAAGACAUGAACAUAGAAAAAUUAAACAAAAAUAAGAAAGUGAAAACUAAUGAGAAGUAAAAACUGUAAAUAACAGAGGCUAGGGCUGGGAAUGGCUGGAUGUUAACACCUGCUUAAGUAUGAGUAUGAGCAUGACUCGUCUUCAACACCUGAAAAUCAGCAUGAUCAUAGGUGUUAGGAACCAUCAUUUUAAAUGCAACUGUAGCAAGUUCACCUGCUAAAGGUCACCUGUUCACAGUCUGCCUUGCAGUUAGCCUGCACCUCAUGAUUUAUUUAUUUUUUUUACCAGAAUCGGGAAGGAGGAGAGAGACAAGUAGAGUCACUCGGCCGCCUGAAAGAUUGACAAUUCUCUAACACCCAAGCACAUUCCAUUGGCCCAUCAUCUGCAGCUGACUACAUUUACAUUACAUACUACAUUUAAUAAAGAACAGCACCAUCACCAUCAGUUGUCUCUGGUGGUGGGGGAGGAUGCAGGUCAGACCUGGCAGGCCCAAAUGGAUUGUGAGUAUCUGCUGGGAACGUCGGGCGGAGUCUCUUGUAAGAAGCUUCAUGUUCCACCUCCGACAGAACUUUGAAUACGUCCCAAAGUAGGCGGGGUCAUUGAGUCCAAGUGGGCCAUCUUUGUAGUCCAUUUAAAUUCCGAAUGAAUUCUAGUCCAAAACCUAAUCAUUGGAUUUAGAAAACUUGUAGUUAAAAAAAAAAUAUUAUAUAACCUACAUGACACAAGUUUUCUAAAUAGGGUGUUAUUAUAUUUAGUGAUUGUAAUGGUAACCCACUGUGCAAAGACCUACUGUAGUUUGGCCGUCUUACAGACGUGGUCUGGACCAACAGACUCAUUAUGGACAUGAGGGCCCAACAGUGAUGACCAACACAUGCAGCCCAAGCCCUGUUGGGCCCCUACAUAGCCCCAAAUGAUGAUUUCCCGGUGGCUGUAGGUCCCACUGUGGGCAACCCUUCGUGCGCCACAUUUUUGCAGAGAGAUCCAACAUGGGGGCCGUAACGGGCAUAUUUGCUAGGUUAGGGUCUUGUUCAUGAAUGAGGGGAAAAUGGAGCAGGGGAUUGAUAAAUUAGUGCUUGGUCUGUAGUAAUGCAGGUGGUUGUGCCUGUCUGUCGUGGUGAAGAGAGAACUUAGCCAGAAAAGCUGCUCAUUAACCGGUCCAUCUACGUUCCAACCUUCAAAUGAUCACACUGGGCUUGAUUUGGAUUGUGUAUGGUGCCCCAAGAUAACUUUUGUUGUGAACUGGUUUAAUAUUACUAAACAGAAUUUGAGAUGGAUAAAGGGUAUUCUAAGAGACAAAAUGCUAAUGAUUCAGACCUUCAGAGUAAAAAUGAGGAAAUCAGUUUGAGGAACAAACGUCUGCAAAAUAAGGAAACAGUUAAAAAUAAAACUUAGUAGAAGUUACACAAGCCUUAACUUAAACUUCAAUUACAUGAAAAUGAGUUAAGGACAGCUAAGAACAGGGGCGCCUCCAGAAAAUGUUGAUGGGGUGGCCAGACGGGGCCAAAGACAUCUUUGGGGUGGCACACCAAAUUGGUCCUCGUGGUAACUCUGGGAGAGUUUAGCCAGCAAUUUUCUACCCUUGGGGGCGACAUUGACUAAGAAGUGUUGUUUUAACUAAAGUAAACUUUACAAUAGUUGAGCGUGAGCAGAACUAAUAGAAAAUAUGCACACAAAAUGUCAUUUAAAUAAUACAAUUGAUUUUAGUUUCGCCUGUUCGUGUCAACAUAAUUAAUUCAGUUCAGUUUAUUUAUGAAGCGCCAAAUCCCAUCAAGAAUUGUCUCAAGGCACUUCAAUAAGUAAACAUUCCAAUACAGUUCAGUUCAUUAAGCCAACCCAGCAGGUUGCAUCGAGUCACUGACUAGUGUCAGAGUCUUUACAGCAACCCUCAUCAGCUCACAAACAGAUUCCCAGCUGUUUACACACACAAACAUCUGUCAGUCCACAAGAAAAAGAAGACAUCUCCAGUGGUUGAAUCUUCAUUCAGUUUCUUCAGUCAAGCUUUUUAGAGUUAGUGGUCUGCACACACACACACACACACACACACACACACACACACACACACACACACACACACACACACACACACACACACACACACACACACACACACACACACACACACACGAACAAGUGCUUCUGUAGAAGUUCCUCCACCUAGAUGACUUAUCAGUGAGUGACUAGGACUCAUUUGGACUCAGACGAACUGAAGCAGGAGCCUCUCUGAUGGUUAGGGGUAAGACACAUUCCUACAAACCUUUGCUUUUGUUUCUUGGCUCUUACUUGGUUCUCCAACUUAUUUGUUCUGAUCAUAUUGUUUCAAAAUUGUAUCAAACUGGCAACAGGACAUUGUAAAUAUUAAUAUUGUUUUCUUUCUGUUUAACAGAUAUUUCCCAGCAACAUUUAUGUAUAAGAUGCAAACAACAACAUUUAAUUAUGACAACGGUACUGGCGCUCAGAAUUUUUCCUGGUUUGAUGGGUUAUGUAGUGGAGAUGAAGACAAUAAUCUGGGAGCUCAGCUGUCCAUCCUUUUCUACUUCAUGUUUGCCUUCAGUCUCUUUGGAAAUGGCCUGGUCCUGGUUAUCAUCAAUCGGUUUGAGAGACUGACCACAGUGACCAACAUCUUGCUGCUGAACCUGGUGUUGUCCUCCCUGAUCUUCAUGAGCAGCCUUCCCUUCACAGGCAUCUAUAUGCAGCUUUCCAACUGGAUCUUUGGUACAGCUAUGUGCAAAAUUGUGGGCAGUGUCUACUAUCUGGGCUUCUACAGUUCUGUUCUGUUUCUGACUCUGCUCACCUUUGACCGACACCUUGCUGUUGUGUACUCAUUAGCUGCAUCACAAGUGAGGAACCAAAGCUACGCAGUAGCUUCCUGCGCUGUAGUGUGGAUGGUUAGCAGUUUGGCAUGUAUCAGGCCAAUGCUUCUACUCAACACGUUUGUGUAUAUGGAUGAGAAAACCUACUGUGAGGAGUAUCCUGGUGCCCUUCCUUAUGUUGAUGUGGAACAGCUGAGAACAUCUGGAUUUUAUAUUCAGCUUUUCCUUUUCUUGAUCCUUCCUCUGGUUGUUAUCAUCUACUGCUACGUCAGGAUAGCCAUCACCGUCAUUUCCUCCAAAAUAGCUACAAAGUUUAGGACUGUAAGGCUAAUAUUCUUUAUUGUGCUGUUGUUUUUCAUCUGCUGGACUCCUUUCAACAUCACAAUGCUGAUGCACGAUGAAGUCUCUGACUGCGAGGAAGCACAGAAGCUUGGUUACGCCCUUCAGAUCACUCGUAACAUUGCCUACAUUUACUUCUGCAUCAGCCCCAUCUUCUAUACAUUUGUUGGGAAAAAAUUCCAAAACUAUUUCAGACAGCUGCUUGUGAAGCGAUUUCCAGGCUUGAAGAAGUACGUAUCUGUCAGCGAGAACAGCAAAACAAACAUGUCAACAAAAAGUACACGAAACAAUGACGGGAAUCAAACCGUGGUUUUGUUAUUGCAGGGAAGUGCCGUGUGAGUUUAGGACACAGUAAGUCUGCGCCUGUUAGGGACUGAUUAGUGUUAAAGUGUCUUUGAAGGACGAAUGAAACUCUCUGUAUUUAACUGUGAAACCAGUUUCAAGUUUCAAAUGCAGGUGAAUUGUUUUGGUUUUGCAGAUGUUUUGUUACGUGAAACAGGUUAUAAAGUUACAACAGAAAGCCACAUCAUGUCUCGUGUAGCUCAUCGCAGCACCAGAAACGGUGACUUAAUAUUACAAAUUAAUAAACCUUUUUACUUCAGACUUGAUUGUUAAAGGGAGCCAGUUCCUAAGUGGGCAAAUGUUUCGUUCCAUCUUUUAGUUCUUUUUAAAACACAGAAAGGUUUUAUUUACCUGCAACGUUUCGUUUGCGGCUAAAUGAAAUGUUGCAGGUAAAUAAAACCUUUCUGUGUUUUAAAAAGAACUAAAAGAUGGAAUUAGAAUUUCAACACAGCAAGAACACACCAAAGAGGUAUUUAGUGCCUGAACUAUUUCAGCACAAUGCUCUGCUGUUGUUUUGGGUUUAGCUCGUAUUUUCUAGUUGAUUGAUUUUGUGUUUUGGUAUAAAUCAUUAACCUAGUGUCGCCCAAAUCAAUUUGACAUAAUAUUCACAGAAAACUACACAAAUUAACCUUUUAGCUAGGAUUUGUAGUGCUUUCUGCUUUGACUUUCACUUUUUUGUACAUUUUAAUC